UCACCAUAGCAACCAAUGAAGGCACGGCAGAGAAUGAACACAUUCAGAGCCGAUCAGCGGCAGAUAACGGACCUGAGGAAGGAAUCGGAACCGUGUGCCGAGUGAACACAGCCCGGGAUCUCCUGCCUGCAGGCCUGGCCAGUCCUCUCUCAGCGCAGCCCAGCCCCUGAGGAUAUUUUUAGACAUGAUAUUCGCCAUCAAGUGAAAGGCCAGCAGACUCCAGACAGCAGAAAAUGGAGACUGGCGCGGCUGUUAUAAUGUGGACCACCCUGCUGCUCACCACCACAUCUGAGCUGAAAGGUGAGUCCACUGCCUCCUCCCCAGCACUGACGCCUGGUUUGACCCCAAAUGAGGUCAUCUCCGUUGCCCUUCAUGUGACCCCAGGGAGUAACGUCAUGGAGCCCCAGCCUGAUUCCACCCACAUGAGCGUGUUUCCCCCUCACAAUGAGACUUCACGCACUGCAGCCACGGCCUUCUCUCCUCCAUCAGAACCCAGCAUGCACACUGCGGUCAUGACGGUCAGCUCACCUCCUCCAGCCAACACUCAAACACCUGCGCCAGGACGCAGCACAGAGACAGCACAAGCUUCCUCAGAUACCAGUCCAGCUCUCACCUCGUUGAGGAGCACCACCAUCACUCCAGGAUCCAUGAUGACUUUAACUGCCUCUACUGCAGCAUUUACCAGUCUUGGUGAAGAGCAUCAAACGUCUCAUCAGUCCACCAUCAGCGCCUCUGAGACGAUUCCGAUGGAUUCUUCAGUUCCUUCUUCCAGUCCCGCUUCCACUUGGACUGCCCUGUUGGACAAAACCCAGCCCACUGGACCUGUUCCUGUGGAGAACCCGCACCAGGAUGGACCGUCUGAACUAGAUGUUGGAGAUGAAGACUCAGAUUCAGCCAAAGUGCCUCACGCCUCUCCGUGGGACCCCCUGCUCGCUGCGCUGGUCUCCAUCUUCGUCGUCAGCACUGCUUUGGUCUCCGUGAUGCUCUUCCUCAGGUUUCGCCAGCAAAGUGAGCAUCCAGAGUUCCACCGGCUGCAGGACCUGCCCAUGGAUGACCUCCUGGAGGACACUCCAUUGUCGAGCUACUCGUAUUAAGAUGGAACUCAGGGCCACUGUUUUAACUGAAGACCCUCAGGCUUCUGAAACUACUGCCAAUGGUCCUAAGAACCAAACCGGGCAGUGCCCAAAACGGGCAGAAUUGUUUGGUGGAUUUCCCGAGAGGCUUUCGAUUUAAAAAGUAGGUCCUACAUUUGUGAGCCAUAUGAUGUUGUUUUGUGAUCAAAUCCCAUAUAAUACACAGUUUCCAGAGGUUCAUUUAUGA